AUGUCGACCUCCGAACCCUCACCCACGUCGGUUCCUGGGAUGAGGGACGACCAACCCAUCCAUAAGGACUCCGAUAACAUCACGCCUCUUACCGCCCUCCCCGAAACCCAGCCCCAAACCUCAAACGAGAGUCUGCAGCAGAUCAAGAUGGAUUUAGAGCCAGAAAUAGAAUCGCGAAGUCCUAGGUAUCUGACCAACAAUACUGCGAACCCGAAAACAACCCAACAAUCAUCAACAUCAGUCCCAUCCGAACCUGCCCCGCUGGUGGAACAGAUGGAUGAAUUGUCAAUAUCAGAAAAUAUUGCUUCGUAUCCUCCAUCAUCACCGCAACUAACUACUUCUACUUCUUCUCCUCCUCCACCACCUGAAAAGGACGACGCCUACCAGAAUUUAAAUUCGGCCCAUGCAGGGUCCAAGGAAUCACUUUUUGAUCCAAGUUCUGAGAAAGAGCUUCCAGAAGUGCCAACCAAAAGCCAUACAGAGAAAUUGCGAGCUGGUCAAACCGACGGACCUCGAGAUGAGAAUGAUUCACAGCCAGAAAUUCAGAAUAUCAUGGGUCAAUUUCAGGACCCGACUCGAACAACUGAUCAACAGGAGAUUAUGUCGCCUCGACUGGAGCUAGCUGAGCAAUUUCGUGGCACUCAAGGCUACUUCCCUCCACGAAAGUCAAGCCUUGACCGUAUACCAUCCAACAUUCCUGGCUCUGUUGCGCCGCAGGGCAGCCACGCAACCUCAUCCACAGUUCAGUUUCCCCUCAACCCCACGGGUGCUGAUGAAACAAUAUCUCGGCAAUCAUCAGCUUCGGCAGCUCCGCCUCUACCAGAACCAGAGCCUGAUCAGCCGUUCGAUUUCCAUCGGUUUCUAGAACAGCUACGGCAUCGCACUGCUGAUCCCGUAGCCAAGUUUCUUCGGUCUUUCCUCUUGGAGUUUGGCAAAAAGCAAUGGAUGGUUCACGAGCAGGUCAAGAUUAUCAGCGAUUUUCUAGCCUUCAUUACAAACAAAAUGGCUAUCUGUGAAGUCUGGCGUGAUGUGUCAGACAGCGAGUUUGAUAAUGCCAAGGAAGGUAUGGAGAAACUGGUUAUGAACCGCCUAUACUCUCAAACCUUUGCGCCAGCUAUUCCAGCACCACCCACAAUCCCUAGAAGUGCAAGCCGUAGCCGUCGGAAGGAGAUCGAGAGGCUUCAUGGACCCUGGCGACGCGGCCAGCACCAGGAAGACAUUGAACGAGAUGACAUUUUGGCACAGAAGAUUCGCAUAUACAGUUGGGUCACUGAGGAGCACCUAGAUAUUCCUCCUGUGAGCGGUAGUGGACGCCGCUUUUUGAACCUGGCACAACAAGAGAUAAUGAAGAUUAAUGGCUACCGAGCACCUCGUGACAAGGUCAUCUGUAUUUUGAAUUGCUGCAAAGUGAUAUUUGGGCUUUUGAAGAAUUCCAAAAAAGCCGAUACCUCUGCUGAUUCCUUUGUCCCGCUCUUGAUUUAUGUGGUACUACGUGCAAACCCAGACCACCUGAUUUCGAAUAUCCAGUACAUAUUACGGUUCCGAAACCAAGAUAAACUUGGUGGCGAGGCUGGCUACUAUUUAUCUUCGUUGUCUGGAGCCAUUCAGUUUAUUGAAACACUCGACCGCACCAGCCUCACAGUCAGCGAUGAAGAAUUUGAGCGCAAUGUUGAGGCUGCCGUCUCUCGUAUUGCGCAACAAAAUCGAGAAAUAGAACCUUUGGACGAGAAAUCAGCAAACCGUCCACUCAACUCCGGUCCCACCUCACCGCCUCAAGCUGGACCAAGCCAAACCAGCGGACCAACCCGCAAAGAAGCCUCACAGUUUAGUGAUGAUGAGCCCUCUACGCCAGUUGCUGGACUCUUGCGUACAAUUCAAAACCCCCUCUCCACCAUCGGCCGCAUGUUCUCCGACGAUGGUGAUAACAACUCUCUGCAGAAUCCUCCUCUGAAACCCGCCUCCACUCCCCAGCCAGCGCCCCCACGUCUUAACCCAAACGUCUACCAGCCUCCACGCUCAAGCAGUGAGAGCCGACUCUCUGGAGACGAGGCAGUCGCCGAACUACGAGACAGUGGAAACAUAUCAGCCAAAAAGAAGCUGACUAGAGUGUUGGAUGCCCAGGAUGCAGCUGCACGUCAAGCAAGCGCUGAAGACGCCGAGGCCCGACGAAUUCAACGUGCUGAGCAUGCUAAUGUGGUCGAGACACUUUCAAACAUGUUCCCAAACCUGGACCGAGACCUCAUCUCAGAUGUGGUUAAGGUGAAAGAAGGAAGAGUCGGUCUUGCCGUUGAUGCAUGUCUCGCUCUCAGUACAGAGUAG